AUGCCUCGGUACUCUACGAAUUACGGGAGGUGGAGACUGGAGAAACGAUCGAAUCUGAGGGAGAUCUUGGACCGGAACGACCCGAUCCCUCGAUAUCACGACCCACCGGAACGGAAGUUGACGGGACCAGUGGACGAGAGGUGGAUCAGGGCACAUAGGGCCUUCAUCGCCCUGAAACCCAAGAUCCCGGCUACCCCAGUCCUCCUCCAUUUCGACGAGGCGAGAACGCCGAACACGUAUCAUCCGGUGGCGUUCGCCAGUCGCACCUUGAAGACGAACGAGUUGAAUUACAAUGUGACUGAGAAGGAGGUGUUGGCACUGCUGAGGAUCUUGGAUCUCUAUUACAAUUUGCGAGUAGGACGCGAGAUCCGGGUCCUGACGAGGCAUUCCACGUUGGCCUGGCUGUUCAAGUUGACGGGAUUACAGGGUCGCCUGGGUCAAUGUUCUGUCCUCGUGGCCCCAUGGACACUCGAGAUCACCAAGUGCACGAAGGGUGAGGACGAGAUACUGGGGACGAUCGCUGCUAGCAUCACGCCGAGGGCGAAGAUCGACGACGCUCUGACCGAACUCGCUCCCCGGAAGGAACCUAAACGCCGGAUCCAAGCGCCGAUACCCACUGUAGAUCGAGACGAGGAACUAUGGGUGAUCAGCUUUGACGGAUCCGCUCGAGUCAAGCGUGGUGGAGGCGCGUUCAGCGCGAUUUUGUGGAGUCUACCCGGAUGGGAGGUGGUCAAGGCGGCUAUCUCGAGAGCCUCACCGUGA